GCUUCGCUAGUUUCCUCAACCAAACACUCAACUGAUAUUGUGUGAUAAAAACUGGAAGUCAGCCGGUGGACGAGGGGGCUAUUUAGUCAGAAAAAGCACACGAACCCGGCGGCCCUCGUCGUUGUAAACAAACUCAGUCGUUUCUGUGCUUAAACUUGUCUUUUCAGCGAAGUAGACGGCGAAAAUUCCUGCUUUAAAGCCACCAAAGGCUGGUUUUUAUUCUGCUGUGGCUGUCGAAAGGCGGGGAAUACAAAGCGACGUGUGGCCAAAUCCAUUAGAUUUUGGACUCAUUGAAGCAAAAACGGAAUUACUACAAAGCCAGUUCGUGCUGCUGUGCCUGGUCAGCGAUAGUACAUGGAUUAUCUGUGUUUCCGGGCACUGUGCUGUAAAGGACCGCCUCCACCUAGACCAGAGUAUGAUGUGGUGUGCAUCGGCCUGACAGGUGCUGGAAAGACCAGCCUGCUCUCACGGCUUUGUAGUGAGGGCAGCGACGGCAUCGUUCCUACAACAGGUUUCAGCAUCAAAGCAGUGCCAUUUCCAAAUGCCAUCUUGAAUGUAAAAGAACUUGGAGGAGCUGACAACAUCAAGAAAUAUUGGAGUCGUUACUACCAGGGGUCACAGGGUGUAGUCUUCGUAUUGGACAGUGCCUCAUCGGAUGAGGACCUCGAGGCAGCACGUAACGAGCUUCACUCGGCCCUACAGCACCCGCAGCUCUGCACACUGCCUUUCCUCAUCCUUGCCAACCACCAGGAUAGGCCUGCUGCAAGGACGCCAAACCAGGUCAAGAAGUACUUUGAGCUGGAGCCACUGGCCCGAGGGAAGCGCUGGAUCCUGGAGGGCAGCACCACAGACAACUUGGAGGCAGUGAAGGAGAGCUUCGGUCAGUUCAUUUGCCUGUUGGAGGACAAAGACACAGAGCCUGCAAGGAUAUGAUGCUAACGCUGCUAAUGCUAAGAGACAUUAGCGGUUAACGACACAGAAUCACGACAUCCUGCUGGUGCCCAUGUACGCACGCACACACACACACACACACACACACACUCGUGCACAGACACAAACAUGCACACAUAAGUAAAUACAGCAGAUGCUGGCCUCUCUCUGAGAAGUGUAUUGUAUGUUAUCCUCCCUUCACUGCGCUCUUAUUUUUUUCAAAUUGGAAGAGUGUGUGCGCACAAGUCAGCCACUACAACCCGACAGAGGAGAGCGGUCAUUAAACCCAGUCAAUGUAAAGCAGUUUGUCAAGAGAAAUCAUUGAACUUUGCCAGAAAUGGGAAUCUUGUUUACUACUGUCUGUGCCAUUGUGAUUUAACUGGUGGCAUGUGGGACACAUGCAGUCCUUCUGUCAUCAUCGGACACUAACACGCACAUUCUCACUCUUACACACACAUACACACACACACACACACACACACUGUCACACACACAAUGGAGCCCAGGUUGUCUGUAGAUAUGUUUAACAUCUCCAGUAAUUACUUUACCGGAUGUUUGGGUAGGCUUGGUUGAUGUUCUUUCCACUGAGAAGUACUGUAUGGCUGUCACGUGUGCUUCUCCGUUUGACUCCGUAGCAACGAAAGUCGUUGUGCGGUUAGAAUCCAAAGCCUUGUGUUAUGUACGGUAGUUACAUAUCGGUGUCGCACCGUGUUUGAAUAUCUAAUCUGAAUAGUGUAGUCCAAGUAUCUCAUGGAUUAUUAUGUACAUGCAGAUGAGCAUAUUGCUGUGUGCCCUCCUGUGCAGCCAUACACAAGUACUACUAAUCAUGUGACUAAGUGCUAGGUGACUUAAUGGAAACCAUUUGGAGAAAUCAGAAACAAGUAUGAAUGCUUUUAUAAAUGUGCAACUUAGGAUAUAUUUUAUAGCUCUGUAUGUUAACCUCGUAGAGCUCCGUUCACAUUUUUUAUAUAUCAUCAAACCACAUUUAUGAAUUCUUUCAAAUCAAAGACCAAAAAGGAAAAAAACCCACAAUGAUUGAGGGGGCUGGAUGUGGCUAGAAGGUAGAGAAAUAAGAUGGAUUUAGUUUCAUUUCAGUGCAAAUCUCAUGUUUAUUUCUUCAUUUUUACUGUAUGUAUGUUUCCUUUUGAAUUUUACAUUAUCCUUCUCAACGCUGGCUAGUGACUCCAGUCUCCCAUCAGGGUGGAAUACAAACUCUAUCAAUCAGCCACAGCAACAGCUGCAUCUGACAAGUCCCUGUCCGACACCCUAAUGCCUUCCAACUGUCUGUGAAGACCCCUCCCUGUCUGCUGUUUAUCGCAGACCCCCGCCCCACCUCAUCCCAACCCGUCCCAACCAACACCACCCCUCCACUUCAGCUCUGCUCCCCCAUUACUGCUCGGUGGGGUUUUUUAUCCCAGAUGCCGUGGUUCAGCCCAGCUGCCCUUCGUGUGGACUCCACAUCUCUUAAAUGAGUCGUAUUCGUUGUGCCACAGGUGUGUGUUUGUCCCCAAGAUGUGCUUAAGUAACGUUCACACCUCUGUACGUGCUUUGUAUUUCUCUUGUUGUUUUGUUCAGUAUUUUGUCAGGUUUUUAGAAAUUGAAUCACUUUUUGUACCUGACAUGAGAUCUGCCAGGUAUUUUUUUCUACCUAGAUCCUAUCUUAUCUCGAUGGACUGGUGCAUUUGAUCGUUUGAAUGCAAAAUAAAUCUGUUCACUUGCUCACACAUAGGUUUUAAAACAUUCACUAAAGUCUUUUUUGUAUUUUUGUUUGUUUUUCAAUCAUGCAUUUUGUCUAAAAUGGCAAUUAAAGUUUUAAAAAUGUAAA